AUGUCAAAAUCUCGGCAUGCAAAGGAGAUGGAUAAAAACACUCGCUAUUUCCACAAGUUAGCCUCAGCGCGAAGAAGAUCCAAUCGGAUUGAUGCCUUAAUGGUUAAUGGGAGGCUAGUAAGCAAUCAAGUAAGGAUCAAGCUUGCUAUUCGAGACUUCUAUAAGGGACUGUACCACCAGGAGCCAUCGCCUAAUAUUGGCUUCAGGGAUGGACUGGUACAGCAAAUUACUGAGACACAGGCAACAGAGUUAGAGCUGAUGCCAACGGCUAAAGAAAUAAAGAAUGCAGUUUGGGAUUGUGAGUCAACAAAUGCACUAGGCAGCGAUGGGUAUAAUAUGAAUUUCAUAAAGAAGUAUUGGAAAGAAUUAGGGAGGGAGUUCACUGGAGCGGUGAUAGGGUUUUUCCAGUCAGCUAAGCUACCUAGCGAUUCGAAUAUCACUUGGGUGGCGCUGGCGCCGAAGUUUACUGGAGCCAGAGAAAUAAAGGAUCUCCGACCGAUUAGUAUGGUGGGUUGUGUUUACAAGGUCAUGUCAAAGGUGUUGGUUCGGAGGAUGGGAAAGCUGAAGUCACGGAAAAAGAGCUCUGUGAUAAUAAAGCUAGAUUUCCAAAAGGCUUAUGAUAUGGUUAAGUGGGCCUUUGUGCAUAUUGUGUUACAGAAGAUGGAUUCGGCCAAAGAUGGAAAGGUUGGAUCAAGGAGUGUGUCUGCUCUGCCUCUAUGUCGGUACAAAUAA